AUGUUCAGGAGCGCCCUUGCCAAGCAAGCUUUCCGGCUUUCAACCCGACCUGCAGUCUCGAAUAAUGUACUCAGAGCAUCGGCUGCACGGUUUGCAAGCACCGACUCAGCGUUGAAGGGAAAGAUUCAUCAGGUCAUUGGUGCUAUCGUAGAUGUAAAAUUCGAUACCGAUAAGCUCCCUCCGAUUCUUAACGCCCUUGAGACAAGCAAUGGUGGUCAAAAGCUUAUCCUUGAGGUCGCGCAACAUUUGGGGGAGAAUGUCGUCCGGACAAUUGCUAUGGAUGGUACUGAAGGUCUCGUCCUGGUCACUGGUAUCAAGGUCGUCGACUUGCUCGCCCCAUACGCUCGUGGUGGAAAGAUUGGUCUUUUCGGAGGAGCUGGUGUCGGAAAGACUGUGUUCAUUCAAGAGUUGAUCAACAAUAUUGCCAAGGCUCACGGUGGUUACUCUGUCUUCACUGGUGUCGGAGAGCGAACCCGUGAGGGUAACGAUUUGUACCACGAAAUGCAGGAGACCUCGGUUAUUCAACUUGAUGGACCCUCAAAGGUCGCCUUGGUCUUUGGUCAAAUGAACGAGCCCCCCGGAGCCCGUGCUCGUGUUGCUCUUACUGGUUUGACAGUGGCUGAGUACUUCCGUGAUGAGGAGGGACAAGAUGUGUUGCUCUUCAUUGACAACAUUUUCCGUUUCACCCAAGCCGGUUCCGAAGUGUCUGCCCUUCUUGGUCGUAUCCCAUCUGCUGUCGGAUACCAACCUACUCUCGCCGUAGACAUGGGUCUCAUGCAAGAACGUAUUACCACCACCACCAAGGGAUCCAUUACCUCCGUCCAAGCCGUUUACGUGCCUGCCGAUGAUUUGACUGAUCCUGCCCCUGCCACCACCUUUGCCCAUUUGGACGCCACCACUGUGUUGUCCCGUGGUAUCUCCGAGUUGGGUAUCUACCCUGCUGUCGAUCCUCUCGAUUCAAAGUCCCGUAUGUUGGAUCCCCGUGUCAUUGGACAAGACCAUUACGACACCGCCACCAAGGUCCAACAGAUGUUGCAAGAGUACAAAUCGCUCCAAGAUAUCAUUGCCAUUCUAGGUAUGGAUGAGUUGUCGGAAGGUGACAAGUUGACUGUCGAGCGUGCCCGAAAGCUGCAAAGAUUCUUGUCGCAACCAUUCGCUGUUGCCCAGGUUUUCACUGGUAUCGAGGGUGUUUUGGUUGACUUGAAGGAUACGAUCCGAUCAUUCAAGGCCAUCAUGAACGGAGAGGGAGAUGACUUGCCAACCAAUGCUAACAUGGUCGGCGAUAUCGAUGCUGCGCGCGCGAAGGGUGAGAAGAUUCUGGCGGAUCUUGAGAAGGAAUAA